AUAGGGCAAUAACAUAACACGACUCUCUUAUCAAUGUUUAAAUUAUAUUAGCUAAUUUGUUCAUUCACCUCUUUUAAUCAAUUUUUAUUUUUUGAAACAUUAAUCACCUUAUUUUACUCAAAUAGUUGAAAUUGGACAUGUUCCAUUAGCUAGUCAGCAUAAGAAUAUAUGCUAACACGGUUACAACACGAAUAAGAACAACACCGCUUCCAAGAUUCAAUUCAAUCCUAGCUAGUUUGUGUCUAUCUUUGUGAAUUGAGAAUCUUCUAGACUCACCUUCAAACCUUCCAGAUUAUUUCUUCCCAUUAACAAAUCCAUCAUAUUAUACUAUACAUAUAGGAAAACUUCAAUAAAACAGUAAAAAAAUUAACUCGUUACUACAUUGGAAUACUUGAAAAAUAAAUCAAACAAAACUUGACCAUCAAAUUCAAAUAUCAUUAUGUGUUUGGUGUUUAUUGUAGAUGAAGACGAGAAGGUGAUCGGGCGGUACGCAGCAGGCGGCGCGUGCCCCUACUGCGGAGGUCAAGUCCAGGCUCUAGAUGUUGAGAAAGCAUGGCGUUUGUGGUACGUCCCUUUGUACACCCGUACCAAACGCAAGUUUCUUUGCUCUUUUUGUAAUCGCCCUUUGAUCAUUCAAUAUCCUUGAAUAUUGUUCAUGUUUGCAUAUAAUUGUAAUUGUAAGCAUCAUUAUAGUAUACGAUUAAAACGAAUAAUAAAAUGUUUGCUCUUUC